AUGGUGAUUGGUCGGUCCAGGGAGGCGGAGUGUCGCUGUGAGCCUGUUUCCUGUCGGUGGACGUCUUUCCCUGUCAGAGUCGCUGUGUCCUGGACCCAGACUCUGCCCGGGGGGGGAAUGCACCGUCAUCCCGGACACGGAGCCAUGUGCAGUUCCCACAAGUACGUCCAGUUCCCAAGGUACGUCCAGUUCCCACAGUACGUCCAGUUCCCACAAGUACGUCCAGUUCCCACAAGUACGUCCAGUUCCCACAAGUACGUCCAGUUCCCACAAGUACGUCCAGUUCCCACAGGUACGUCCAGUUCCCACAAGUACGUCCAGUUCCCACAAGUACGUCCAGUUCCCACAGGUACGUCCAGUUCCCAAGUACGUCCAGUUCCCAAGCCGAGCGGCUCAGGGUUGAAGCGCGUCGAACUGGGUCUCCUAGUCCGUGCUUUAACAUUCACUGUGCCAACUCAUUCAAACGGUCCGUUUUCUGUACGUAGAUGCCGUAAUUAUGUGUCCUUGCGGUUGCAGCUGCUGCCGUUCCUGCAGGCCAACCUGACGGGCUUCAGAAACCUGGAGAUUCUCAACUUCAGGAAGGGCAGCGUGGUGGUCAACAGCAGGAUGAAGUUCGCCAAGUCGGUGCCGUACAACAUCACCGAGGCCGUCCACUGCGUUCUGGAGGAGUUCUGCUCAGCCGCCAAACACCUGCACAUCCAGAUCGACACCCACUCACUGGACGUGGAACCAGCUGACCAGGCCAACCCCUGUAAGUUCCUGGCGUGUGGGGCCUUUUCUCGCUGCAUGGUGAUUGGUCGGUCCAGGGAGGCGGAGUGUCGCUGUGAGCCUGGUUUCCUGUCGGUGGACGGUCUUCCCUGUCAGAGUCGCUGUGUCCUGGACCCAGACUUCUGCCCGGGGGGGGAAUGCACCGUCAUCCCCGGACACGGAGCCAUGUGCAGAUACAAAGGCAGCCGUCCCCCCCCAGGCCCGAGCAGUUAAGGAAAGGCGUCGGAUCGGGCGGCACCGGAGAAUACGACAAAAGUUCUGUUGAGUCCAGUUGGUUGCGUGGGGUCCAGGCCUGGUUUUGGAAGUGACCUCUUCCUCCUGCAGAUCCUCAGCUUCACCUUCCACUCAGCUCCACCUCUGACGUCUGAAAGGAGAAACACGCUCGAAUAAAACGCCACCGUCCGACCUUUGACCUCCGACCUGGGCUUCGACCGGUCUGCCGGCUCCGUUUACGUUUCCGUAGAAUAGUUCGCUCGUCGUUCCGAAAAAAACAAAACAAAACAAAAAAAAGAAUGGGAGAAGUUUUCACAUGUGGGAGGAGACGCUGCUGCAGGACGGUGAUCCUUCAACAAAACCGAAAACAUUCACCUGUUAAAAGUCCAGACCGGAGCAGAUUCAGCUCCUCUGUCGCCUUCUUCGUCCGAUUAAACCAAAACCAGCGAAUAUUCGACUGUUUUUUUAGGAGAAUCUGAUCCGAACCAGGCUGUUUUUUAUAACAUUUACGUCCUGUUAUAGAAAAAUGUCCUGAGCUCCUGUUCAACUGUUCUUGUUGAGUUCAUUUUAAAAUCAGAGAAAACUCUUCACUGAAGUGUAGAUGUUUCAGAGUUCGACCUUCGAUAGAUUAAAUAAAAAACGUUUCUGUCGCUCGUGUCUGUUUGAUUUUUUUUUCACGACAAACGGAGACAAACAGCAGGUGAGUGAAACAUGGAAUGCAUUUAUUAGAUCAGCGUUAGAAAAAUGACAGUGAGGAGGCAGUGUUUCCACGACAACCCAUCCCACCACAGGGGCGGAGCUUCUUUUAAACCUGCCUCGCUAAUUUUUUCCACACGAGUGUCGCCGCUAAAACCCUCAACAGAUUCGUCAGAUUUGAGCCGAUAUUUCAGUUUGUUUGAAAAAGCCUCGGUGUUUGAUUCGACGGAUUGUCAGUUUUGGAAAAUGUGUUGGAUCGAUGUUUAAAGCCGACGUUCGGACAAACUGUCACCGUUUUCUACGAAGCUAAAGCUCGGGGUCAAACUAACGAGCCGUUUGUCGGUUGGAAAAAAAAAAACACAGAUUGUCUUUUUUUUUAGUGUUUUUCACUCGGUUCAUGUCAGUUAUUGCUUCUGUUGAAGAUCUGCAGGUGUGGAGUUUCCAGUUCCAGCGUUGGCGCCAACGCACGAUGACAGCAUUUCAUUCGAAGCGUGUUGGCAAAUCAUGUAAAUUAAGACUGAACGUGGUCUGAAUGACUUGCGGUUUUUUUUGCAGCGGCUGAUCUGCUUCCAGACAGCUCAUGUGGAGUUGCAUAAUUCAAUCACUUUCUUUUUUGCAUUUUAACAAAAACUAACGGCUGCGUUUGGUCUCAGUCAGAGGUUUUGGACCGUUUUCAUUAUUAACAUGUUUAAUCAUCACAAAAGGA